AUUUUAGAUCGACUUAUGGCGGCAACCUGCUCCAACUCAAAAAUUACUGAAGAAAUGCGAUUGCAAGUAUUAAACGAUCACAAUAAGCUUAGAUCACAAUUAGCGAACGGUGAAUCUGUAGCAAAUGGAGGUCAUAAAAUGCCAAAAAGUUCCAACAUGCAAGAACUGGAAUGGGAUUGUACGUUGGAAGAAAGAGCACAAAAAUGGGCCGAAAAUUGUGAAUUUGAACAUUCAAAACAAGAAUUUCGUAAUUUUAGUGGUGAGAACCUCUAUGCCAGAUGGGAGAACCAUGAAUUGAUGGUGGUGGGAAGAAUUAGAAGAUAUGCCGGCGCAAUCAACGAUGGAUGGAACUCCAUGGAGUGUUUUGCAUUUUACUCAGGUAUUCAGUAUCUCAAUAUAUUCAGUAUGGCAUGGGCAAUCACAAGCAAACUUGGAUGUGGAAUGGCUCGGUGCUUAAAUAACAAUGGAUAUAAAUAUAUGAUUCAUGUCGUUUGCCACUAUGAUCCAAGGUAUUUUUUAUCAAUAACUAAACCCACAAAGCCUGAGGAAAACGAAACGCCCGGCAAAGAAAAGCCCGAGGAAGCAGCUCCAGGUGAAAAACCGACUGAUAAAGGGGAAAAGCCAUCGUCAGGUUUCAAAAUUAUUAUGAUUUUAUUUAAUUCACUGGCUUAUUUGUUUUUUCACCGUCUAUCAUAA